AUGUCGGACCUCACUAGCCAGGCUCUCUUCGACGUCAAGGACAAGAUCGCGGCGACCUACGUCGCAAACGGCGCCAAGGUCUACAUCUCCUCGCGCGACGCCAAGGCGUGCAACGCGACCGCGGAGCAGCUCACGACUGCUGGACCGGGAACCUGCCAUGCCAUCCCCGGCGACCUCUCUUCUUACGACGAGUGCCAGCGUCUCGCGGCCGAGAUCCAGAAACGCGAGCCCGUGCUGCACGUGCUCGUGAACAACAGCGGUGCGACAUGGGGCGCGCCGCUGGAGGAGUACCCCGACGCCGCGUUCGGCAAGCUCAUGACGCUCAACGUGCAGCGUGUGUUCACACUUACUCAGGCCCUGCUGCCGGCGCUGCAGAAGGGCGCCGAGCGCGAUGGCGUCGGCCGCGUCAUCAACAUUGGAAGCGUUAACGGCAUCAAUGUCCCUAGCCUUGAGACCUUUGCUUAUUCCUCAUCCAAGGCCGCGCUGCACAUGCUCACCAAGCACCUUGCUGCAUUCACCGGCCCCAAGGUCACUGUCAACGCGCUCGCGCUCGGCCCCUUCAGGAGCAAGAUGAUGAAGGCUACGCUUGAUGCGGCUGGAGACGUCAUUGCUGCCAGCCUCCCCAUGGAACGCAUCGGCGAGCCCGGAGACGUUGGUGCAGCCUGUCUCUGGCUGUCGGGCAAGGGCGGAGCAUGGGUUACGGGCACGAUCAUUCCCAUUGACGGCGGCUCCCUCAUUUCGGUCAAGGCGCGUCUCUAA